GGUAAAAUGGUUCGUUGGCAGCUUCUAGGUUUUCUGAUCCUGUGGACGAUCUCAGCGUGUUUGGGAAAGACCUUAUAUGCCCGAAUGGAAUCGAUUAUAUGUCCAGAUGGCGAUGAAGAAACGCUCUUCACUUGUUCAGCACGACUUGUUGGAAGGGAACGGAUGAUAAAUGGAACCAUAACUCACCUUGUCGACCUGGAUGACAAUUACGAAGUUUGGCUAAAUAUUCUGCAAUUUAAGAACGGCGAGUGGGUUCAGGGGAACAUCAAUUUACACCUCAAUUCCUGCGAUUGGUUUACCAAAUACUAUGGCAAAUAUUUCCUAUCAAUGAUAACGGACACCAAUAUUCCGCCCGCCGACGAGUUGUGCCCCUUCCCAAAGGGUGAAUAUUACGUAAGAAACGUCAAUGUGGCCCCGCAGAACUGGCCAUCACUUUUAUACCGAGGCUUGAACCAACUCCAUAUCAAUUACAUGAAGGAUGGAAAAAGUUAUGGUCGGUAUCAGAUAGUCUUUGAUUUGUCAGAGCAGGACAGAUAACCUGAAAAUGCAUAUUUUAUAUUUUAUUUUUAAAUAUUCAGAAUGCAUUGAAUAUAUUGCAGCUUACAAG